UAUACCCAUGUGAGCCCCCAGAAACACUGGGUGAGAUAUUGUGCAUUUCCCCUCACCCUGCCCAGCCCUGUGCUUAGCUUGGCUGAUUCUUCCCCUGUGUCGCUUUACUUUGCCCCACUGUCCCCAGACCCCCUUUUUUAAUGCUGCCUCACAGGCAGCUCCAAAUUCCCCAACAUAUGUAGGCUUUCAAUUAAUGCUUAAUUUUCCAUUUUCUACUUUUUAAACCCUUGGACAAGUUCCACCUGUGGAUGUUAUGGGUAAGAAGACAAGGCUGUGACGGUCCAAGUGACAAUGGAAUAAUUUACUACUUGGGACACUUUUUUUUUUCCUGAGAAAGUGGAUUCAAACUGGAUUUACUGGAGCCGUCACCAGUUAAUUCUUCAUGAGGAGGCUUUGUCUCCAAUUUAAAGUAUCCUACCUGAGAUAGUCUACACGUCACAAUGGCUGAAGUAGCCAAAUCAGCCUCCCACGCUGCAGCCACUCGGUCCAGUGACGGAGCAGCAGCGCCACAGACGAGCUCUCUCAGAUCCAAAGGUCUGGGGCUGCUCAACAAGGUGAAAAUGUCUGUUGAGCUGCUGAUUGCCCUUGCUGCUCUCCUGUCCUGGCUGGUUGUAGGUGUGGUGAUGUUUGACUUUGUUGAGUACAAAGCAAUCCCCGACAUUCAGCAGAUCAUAACGGACCCUGUCCAGGCCGUGAACGAUGCCACUGAUGAGUUAUCCAGUCUGCUCAAUAAGUUUCAAGAAUGCGCACCGGAUUUAAGUGACCCCAUGUCAGCUGCCAGAUACGCAGCCGAGGAAAUAUCAGAAGCAAAAGAUGGGUUUGUUCGAUAUUUGUCAGAUGAAGAAGGGAACUUCUACCUCAGCUACAUUGACCCUGUGGUCAUUGGUAGACAAGCUUUCCAUUCAACGAAUGACUUCAUAGGUGGAGCACUGGGUUCCUUCAGGGACACACUGUGUGCUGUUGUGGAUACAUCACUGGAAACCAUAGAAGAUAUUAAAAAAGGAAAAACUGAUCUUGGCUAUAUUGACCCUGUAAUGAUAGGCAGAGGUGUCUUUAAUGCUACUAAUGAGUUCAUGUGUGGAGUGGCGAGCUACAUCCAGGAUGUGCUCUGUUCCAUACUGGACACUACACUGAAUGUAGUGAAAGGAACCGUCGACAUUAGCUUCAUGGACCCUGUGGUAAUAGGAAGAAAUAUAUUCCACGUCACAAAUGACACAGUGAGUGGAAUAUCUGGCUACAUCCAGGACGUGCUCUGUACCAUCGUAGACAUGAUGCUGGAUGUAUUCAAAGGAACCACUGACAUUAGCUUCAUUGACCCCGUGGUUAUUGGCAGAAAUGCCUUCAGUGUUACUAAUGACUUUGUGAGUGGACUAUUUGGCUACAUCCAGGGCGUGCUCUGCGCAGUCUUGGAUGUCAUACUGGACACGCUAAAAGAUAUCCAGCAUACCUUGGGAUUUAGCCCCGUGUCAGUUUUUAAGUCAGCAGCAGAAAUCACCAAAGAGCAGACAAACCUGCUUGCGAGCUACAUCUCCUCAACACUGAUUGGUGAACAAGGAAUCAUGCCUGAAGUGUCCAUUGACCCAAUGAAAGUUGUUGAAGAUGCUGUGUCAGAGCUCACAGACAAGAAGGAUUUGCUCUUAGCUUACAUGUCAAGCAUGAUUGUUGGUGAUCAGGGGGAACCUGUCACCACCCCAGGUGUAAAUGUAGUAACAGAAAAAGAUGAAGCUGUACCUUCCCCAUCUGAUAUCAAUUUAGUAAGAAGGAAAGGGAAAUUUCUGCCUCCAUUUGAAAAAGUUACAGAGAUCAUGCGUGCUGCCAAAGAUGAAGCUGCUCCUGCUGCAGAGAUAAAAGAAGACUCCGAGAUGGCACCCACUGAAGCAGAUGUGACAGAGGAAGAUGAUGCAAGACACACUGAAGAACCAGAACUGAGACCAUCACUGAAGGAGGAGGAGGAAAAGCUUGAUGAUGACACCAAGGAGGAGGAAGAGGAAAUUGGAGAGGGUGAUGAUGAUGAAGUUCAAAUAGAGGAUAAUGCAGAACAAUUAAUAAAAGAAAAAGAGAAUAAAGAGGUGAUAGAAGGAGGAGGUGAUGGUAGAGGUGAAGACCAAGAAAAGAGAGACACAAAGACAGAUGAAUUUGCGAUAAUUGUAAAUGAUGAAGUGAUACAGUUAGCAGAAGGGGUGGUAGAAGAUGAAGAGGUGCAGGAGACCAAAACCAAAGACAUUUUGGUAGAAGAUGAUGAGGAGAGCAAAACUGAAGAAACUAUUGUGGAUAAACAUGAGAAAACAAAAACUGAAGACAUUUUUGGCCAGGCCAGAACUGACGAUGCUUCAGUAGAACAUGAGGAGGUAGAAGAAGAGGCCAAAACUGAAGAUUAUUUGGUAGACCAUGAGGAGGAAGAAGAGGAAGCCAAAACUGAAGAUUAUUUGGCAAAACAUGAGGAGGAAGAAGAGGCCAAAUCUGAAGAUUAUUUGGUAGACCAUGAGGAGGAAGAAGAGGAAGCCAAAACUGAGGAUUAUUUAAUAGAGCAUGAGGAAGAAGAGGAAGCCAAAACUGAAGAUGAUUUGGUAGAGCAUGAGGAGGAAGAAGAGGAAGAAGCCAAAACUGGAGAUUAUUUAAUAGAGCAUGAGAAGGAAGAGGAAGCCAAAACUGAGGAUGAUUUGGUAGACCAUGAGGAGGAAGAAGAGGAAGAAGCCAAAACUGGAGAUUAUUUAAUAGAGCAUGAGGAGGAAGAAGAAGCCAAAACUGAAGAUGAUUUGGUAGAACAUGAGGAAGAGGAAGAAGAAGCCAAAACUGAAGAUUAUUUGGUAGACCAUGAGGAGGAAGAAGAAGAAGCCAAAACUGAAGAUGAUUUGGUAGAACAUGAGGAAGAAGAGGAAGCCAAAACUGGAGAUUAUUUAAUAGAGCACGAGGAGGAACAAGACGCCAAAACUGAAGAUUAUUUGGUAGAACAUGAGGAGGAAGAAGAAGAAGCCAAAACUGAGAAUGAUUUGGUAGAACAUGAGGAAGAGGAAUCCAAGACUCGUGAUAUUUUGGCAGGAUAUGAAGAGGAAGAUAGUGAGCUUCUCAGUAUUUUGGUAGAAGCUGAGACGGAGGCAGAGGAAAUUAAAACUGAAUACAUUUUUGAAGAUCAAGAAGAGACUAAAAUCAGAGACGACGAGGAGGAGGAGGAAGAGGAGGAGAAAAAUGAAGACGUAGUAGAAUAUGAGGAUAGUGGGGAGAAGGGGCCAGAAGAACCUAUUGUAGUAGAACAGGAAGAGACCAACACUGAAGAGCCAUCAAUGACGCACCUUAAAAUACUGUUAUCUGAGAAAAUCAGUAAUGACAGCGCUGUACCUGAAUCUGCUGAUGGUGAGGAGGAAGAGAAAGAAACUUUUUUUCCUGUUUACGAGGAGGAUAAAUACUCCAACAUCCUUGAUGAUCAUGAUGAAAAUAACAACAACAGCGAAAGCAGAAAGACUGAACCUAAAAGAAAGAGGAAGGCCGAUGUUACCCUUGAGAGAUUUGGAGGACUCAAAUUGUCUCACAAAGCAGAAGGCCACAACAAAUAUGAAAAAGUUCUGAAAGAAGCAAAGGAAAGACAUGCAAUAGAAGAAGUUAAAGAUGGCAUUAUUAAAGAUCUCAAAGCUGCAGCACCUGUGAUGGAGAAGAAAAAAGAUAAGGAAGCCAAAGAGUUUGAAACAGUAGAGAUAAAACCAAAAGAAGUAAAACUAAAGGAGAAGCCCGAAGUUGACGCAAGACCUCUUAAACUGAAAGAAAAGAAGCCCAAAGAGCCCAAAAAGCCUGUAAGAGGAAUUAAAAUUGUCAAGAAGGAGGUUGCAUCUGUUCUUAAGAAGGAACAUCUCAAUGUUACAAAAGCAGAAGCAGCUCCGAAGGAGCCUAAGAAGGAGCCAACGCUAAAAGUAAAGCCUACACCUGUAAAACCAGCUGAGGUUUCAAAACAGAAGCUCAAACCAAUUCUAACCAAGAAAGAGCCAGCUCCAGUUAAGACAAAACCAGCCCCAGCUGAGGCAGAAGCACCACACAAAAAUGUUACUCUAACAAAGGAGUGGGUGAAGGUGGUGCCACUGAAGAAAGUGCCUGUAACUCCAAAAGUAAGAGCCAAACCAGAACCAACCAAAACAGAAGCUGAGGUUCUUAAGAAGAAGAAAGCUGAGCCAGUGACUCCCAAAAAAGCAGCUGUUACCAAGACAAAACCAUCACCUGCUGAAAAGAAGAAAGAAGCUGAGGCUAAGCCAGUUCCUGCUAAGAAAGAGCCAGAGGUUACAAAGGAAAAACUGAAACCAGCUCUUGAAAAGAAAGCUCCUAAAGCAGAGGUCGAAGCAAAGAAGGAAAAGAUUAAAUCCCUUCUAAAGACAAAAGAGCCAAAAGUACCAGAGGUAAAAUCAAAACCAGCUGUAAAAAAAGAACUGGAAACACCUAAAGAAAAGGCCAGGCCUGCUGCAGUAAAGAAAGCCAUGUUGAGGGAAAAGACCAAACCAGCCCACGUGAAGAAAGAGCCUCGUGUUUUAAAAGAAAAGAUAAAGCCCAUUGCAACAAAGAAAGAGGACAGGGUUCUCAAAGAGAUACAAGAGCCUGCAAAGAAAGGAAAAACUGCUGAGAAGAAAGCUGAUAAGGAGGAGAAAGUUAAAGUGGAGCCGUCUCUAUCGGACAGCUUUCUCAUGGAAGAUGAGCUGCCCUACUUCCAGUGUUUCUUUGUGGAUGAGGACGAGGCCCAGUUUCCGUUUUACGCCUUCUCGCCGCUGCAGAUUUGACACGUCAGUCUGUGGUCUGACAUUUACAAUCUAGUCAAAUUACCGAUAAGGACGAGGUCACCUCACACCCUGUACUGUUGAAACACGGGUGAUGCUGUUCGCCUUCAGCAGAAAUCUCUGCACAGCAGAAGACGACAGGUUAUGAGAUGGACCGUUAUUUUUCUCUUUCCAGAAUUGGUUGAGCUCUCAUACCAAAUACAUGCAGUCAGUGUCAUUCCUUUUCUUUUCUUUUUUUAAUAUUUUUUUAAGUAAUAACUUCUUUUGCAUAUUUUAAAUAUAGCAAUUUACUAUUUCACUUCUAUGGAUUCAAACCCUUUAAUAUAUUUACAGCUUACUUUAUUUUCUCAUAAAAGGUCCAGAAAAUGGUGCAGUAUUUUUAAAGUAGCUACAAAGUGUAGAGUAGUUUACACUGUGAGGUUAACAGGGUACAAAACUGCCACAGUUGCUACUCCAAGACAGACCUUCUUAGCCCACAUUUACUUGAACAGUGGUUUGCGUUGUAAUUAUACAUCUCUGUGGCGUCUUUCUUGAUCAUGUUUCUCAUCCCACCCUUUAUAGCACUUGUUCAUGAUUCAUUCUCAGUUUCCUAUUGUUCUUCCCAAAUGGGGACACAACAGAUAUCAUAUCAUUACUGAAUGACUUUUUUACCUUUUAUUUUUGUUUUAUGCAUCAAAAGGAAUGACCAUGCACUGUAUAUGAGAGCUCCCAAUCUUGCUACCUGAAACAUUUAAAGUCUUAUCAAACUGUACCAUCUGGAUAUCUGCACCAGCUCCUCGUUAUUAUAUUGGUGCUAGUAAGAGGCAUUGCCUAAAAUCUCAGAAUGAGGAUUGAGUUCAGUUUUUUUUUUGUUCCUUUCAAUCUAUCAAAAACAUCAGCAAAUCAAGUGUCAGAUUUAUUCUGCAAAUUCCUUGAUUGACCAAAAUCACACUGUAGCUGACUUUGGUCACUGCUGUUGCACUGUGUGCACACAGUAGAAGCUAACGUACUGUAGAAACCUAAUGAGCAGGUUCCUUUAAACAAGAAUGCAAUCAAUAUUGCCUAAAUAUGCAAUGGCAAUAAAGAUAAUAUUAAUGACAACUGUAUAAUGAUAUCUCAGAUUCAUGCUGCUAAAAUGCAGCAUAAUACAAACAGGAUUUCUGUUAUCUGAAUAUCCUUUACUUGAUAAUGUCUGAUGAACACAAAAGCAAUGUUGGCUGAGUCUAAUGUCAAAUUUUACAUUGUUGAUUGCACCGGCACACCGUGUGAUCACAUUAUAAGUCGCUGCAGAAGGUGUCACAUGUUUGGACAGGUGAUCUCAGAUGUAAAACAUUUCUCAGUCUGCUUUUAGCAGCUACGUAUGGCUACAUUGUUGCAUUUGCUCCAUAUGUUGCACAGAGAGCAGUUUUUACAUCCUGUGUCGCUAAUCCUGAAGCUUAUAUAUAAAUCUGCUUAUCUUUUAAAAUGAUACCAGUGCACACUUUGUCAGUCUAGGAAUAAUGAAAGCUCACACUCUGCAGCUCUCAGUGAGCUCAGAGUUUAAUAGCGAUUCAUGAACUGAUGAAGUUUUGGACACUUUUUACAAAACAAUUUAGAUUAUUGUCAUUAUUAUUAUUUAUGGUACCAAAAGAUAAAUAAACUUGUUUAAACUGUAUAUUAAUGACUCACGUUUACCAGGUGAACAUGUGCAAUACUUAGAUCAGCGAUCAAAGCGCAUUAUGUUAGUCUAAAAGUCUUUUAAUGAAGUAUGCAUGAUGUGUGUGCCUUUGUUUUAUGCUCUUAUAUUUUUAUGUGGUUCCCUAAUAGCGUGAACACUUGAAGACAGGAAUCAGUGAAUUUGAUGAUGUGUGCCAGUGUCACUGUAUGGUGUCGCUGACAUCAUACACACUGUGUUAAAAUGCUCUUGAUGUAAAUAGUUAAAUAUACAGAAAAACUGAUUGUUUUAUCCCUGAUUCAUUAUUCCUGAAGCGGCUCUUCAUCUACAGUAAAAACCACAAUGUGUAUCAUUUGUCACUUAAACCCUUGUGAACAGAACAAUUAGGCAUUAAAACAUAGCAAUGCAA